AUGCUGGGAAGCACGCUCAAGAUUCUCGCAGGAAGCAGCCACCCUGAGCUGGCCCAGCUCAUUGCACAAAAGAUCACAAGACCCAUUGGAGCGCUUCAGACUCGACGUUUCGCCAAUGGCGAGACCCUGGUGACCGUGGUGGAUUCUGUCCGCGAUCAAGAUGUCUUCAUCAUCCAGACCGCCGCGGAGCCCGUGAAUGACCUGUUGAUGGAGCUGCUCAUCACCAUCAACGCCUGCAAGAUUGCUUCGGCGCGCCAGAUCACGGUUGUGCUGCCAUGCUUCCCGUAUGCCAGGCAAGACAAGAAGGACAGAAGCAGGGCGCCCAUCACGGCCAAGCUCGUUGCCAACAUGCUGCAGACGGCGGGAUGCAACCAUGUGAUCACAAUGGACCUGCACGCUUCGCAGAUUCAAGGGUUCUUCGACAUCCCCCUCUACUCCGAAACAAUAAUGCGAGACUAUAUCCAGCAGCACUAUGAGAUCAAUAACGUCGUUAUCGUUUCACCUGAUGCUGGUGGUGCCAAAAGGGCGGCCUACCUUGCAGAUAAACUCAAAGUCGAUUUCGCCUUGAUCCACAAAGAACGCCAGAUUGCCAACGAGGUCUCACGUAUGAUCCUCGUCGGGAACGUCACGGGCAAGACUGCCAUCAUCAUCGACGACAUUGCCGAUACGUGCGGUACGAUUGCCCUGGCGUCGAAGAUCCUGACCGACAACGGCGCCGAGAAAUGCAUCGCACUGGUCGUGCAUGCCUUUCUGAGUGGACGGGCAAUCGAAGUGAUCGCAAAUAGUGCCCUGGACGAGAUUGUCGUGGCAAAUACAAUACCUCUCUCGCAACGCGCGAGGGACUGCAGCAAGUUGCGAACCAUGGAUGUCUCGGCCAUGCUAGGCGAGGCGAUCAGGAGGACUCACUAUGGUGAAUCGUAA